AUGCGCUUUAUUGCAGUCUCUUUCUCUCUUUUCCACCAGGUACAGGAAAAACAAGGUAAGAAUAAAGAUGAUACUUCCCUCAAUGGCAUCCGUCUCCAUUGCAAUAAAGGUGCAGCUGUAGAAUCUACCGUUGGACCGAAGGGGAACUGGACAAAGAUUGAGGAAUGCCGCAGGGGUCUCCUGAUCUCCUUUGAUCUAAGAGUGGAAGGCCCACAAUUGAUGCUUGAUGAUACAGCAGCCAACAACAUCCAGUUUAGCUGUACAGAUGGGACUAGACUGGAGGGCAAGUCCACCAACUUUGGUACUUACGGCCCAUGGAGCAAGCGCUGCACCACUGGUGCCAUCUGUGGGAUCCAAACAAAGGUGGAGGCUUCAGCUCAAGUUGAUAGCACAGCACUUAAUGAUGCCAAGUUCUUCUGCUGCAACUGA